AAACAAACAAACAAAGCAUUUGAUUGUGUACAUGAAUUGAUGCAUUUUUUUCAAAAUUUAUCACUUAUCACAGCAGACAGUAAGUACGAAAUUAUGUAAUAAUCCCUAUUCUGCAAUAAAUAUGCUUCGAAGCAAACUGUAUCCCUCAAACAACCAGACUCAAGAGCAACUUCUGGACCUGUCUUUACAAAACUGCCCCCCAGGUGAUGUAUCCAAAUAUUUUCCCAACGUACAUCCCUCCAGUCAAAUUUCCACUGAGGUGCUUCGCAUCCAAGACAACUUAAAUUGUGGCCUAAACACCAUUAAUUUCUAUAAAAACCCCAUUGAGUAUGUGUAUAACCCCACUGAAUAUGCUCGCCUGCCAUAUGAGAUGUAUGUUAAAAAAUAUUGCCAGUCCAAGAAAAGAAUAUUGUAUGUCGGUAUGAAUCCAGGUCCUUAUGGCAUGUGCCAGACCGGAGUACCAUUCGGUGACAUAAAUUGGGUGACAAACUGGCUUCAAGUUGAAGCUCCUGUAUCAAAACCGCAAAGAGAAUGCCCCAAUAGACCUGUACAAGGUUUUAUGAGCACCAGGAAGGAACAAAGUGGGGACAAGUUUUGGAAGUUGUGGUCGGAUGUUUGUAUAACUCCAGAGAGAUUUUUUAAGGAGAGUUUUGUCUAUAAUUAUUGUCCAUUGGCAUUUAUGGGAGUUAAAGGGGUCAACUUGACCCCUGAAGAUAUUAAGAAAAGCAAGGAUUUAGUUUCUGACCGACAAGAAUUAGAACGUAUAUGUGAUAUGUUCUAUCUGGACAUUAUAAACCUACUUCAGCCCCAAAUUAUUGUGGCUGUAGGCAGGUACAUCGAAAAACGCACUAAAUUAGUUCUAAAAGGUGCAAACAGUAACAUACAAAUCCUCUAUCUACCUCAUCCAAGCCCAAGACCGAAGGGCAAUCAAAACUGGUCCGAUAAAGCCAUCGAGUUCCUCAGAACCAACAAUAAUUUGUUACAAUAUUUCACAUAA